AUGAUGCCGUCGCUCUGCCGCCAGGUCUUGUCUCCCACCGUCGACGCCGAGCGCGCGCGCCGCGCGGGCCCCGUGGCGCUCGCCAUCGCGCUCUACGCGCUCAGCGAGGCCCUCCUCGCCGGCUCCAUCCAGAUGCCCGAGGCAAACUACAACUGGCAGACCAACAUCCUCAUGGUCGCCGUGAUGGCCGCCGCCUUCCGCCUCGGGUCCGCCAGCGCGCGGGCCGCGCGCGCGCCGAAGGCCGGCGGCGCCGCGAAGGGCCCGCCCCCGGCCAGAAGGGCGGCGCCCGAGCGCGGGCGCGCGGCGGAGCCGGCGCCCCCCGGCGAGGCGCGGCACCGCUGCCGCCAGGAAGGCCCCGGCGCGGCCUCGGGCCACGCCCCCCGGGGCUCCGCCGGCGCGGGCUGCCCGGCGCCGCGCGAGGGCGCCGCAGCGGAGGGGCCGCCCGAGGCGUCCGAGGUCGCCGCGGCGCUGGGCCUCUUCGAGCAGAUCCUGGAGGGGCGCCCGGGCUACGACUGCGGCGCGCUCGGCAUGUACACCCGCAGGAGGCUCUUCAAGCUCAUGGUGGAGAACCUGGACGACGCGCGCCUGCGUGCCGACGGGCUGCGGCUGCUCGAGGCGUUCCAGGCUCACGGGAUCAUCCCGACGAACCUCGCGCAGAACCGGGUGAUCUGCGCGUGGAGGAGCAAGCUUCCGGAGCACGUCAUGGAAUAUCCGGGUGCCUGUGGCAAAUCCUGCCACCCUGUCACCGCAGCACUCCGUGCUGCGACCCUUUUGAGGACCAUCCGGAAGGGUUUCACGUUUGAUAGGGCUCGCCCCUUGGCUCCAGCAGGCUAA